CUUUCCACAUACACGACCUCACAGCAAGCCUGGUCCUCAUUGUGCCUGCUCUUGCCAGCAUUGAUGACCCUGCCAGGCCAGAGUGUCCCACACCAGGUUAGACACCAGAUUAGGUCCUGGAAUAACCCCUACCUUAGACUCUCACACACACACAUCCUCUCCUGCUUGCUGGCCAAGCUGAAAAAGGUCACAGCUGCCUGGGCUCCAAGCCAGAGGGAAGAGGAGAAGGCAGGGCCAGCAAGAAGUACUGUCUGGUGGCAGAAUGUACAGCCUCAUAGAAAGGCCGGCAACAGUAACUGCCUGCCUCCGUUCCUCCAUCCUUGGCAAAGGAGGCUUUCUGGAAGGUGGUGCUGAGGGUGUGUGACCAGACAGGGACAUUAAGUUUUACUCCCCUGCCACUCAAAAUUCUACAUUCCCACCUCCAAUCUCAACCAGCUCAGACAGUGAUUCAUGGGCACGUUCACCUUCAUGGGCACAUUCACCCUCAUCCUAAAACGACCUAGUGAAAGUUCCAGUCUUUCUUAGAGUGGGGAAGUGCUCCGGCCCAAAUAAGGUCUGUAGACCCAUCCGGACUGGGCAGGAACCUCUCAGCUACAAACCCCUCAGUGACCCCACCUCCCUAGUGGCUUAGCUUGGCUUUCCCCAAAGAUGAUUUUUAAAUAUACAGGUUCUGAGAGCACGCUGCCUCUUGGGCUGUGCCCUACCAGUACCAAUCUGUCUACAGACCCACAACCAAAGGGAACCGUCGCGCUCUACGGGCGGACCCCUCCCCCGCCCGGGAAGCCAGGCCUUCUGGUGUCGCGGGCUAUUUCUGGGUAUGGAGGGGGAGGGGACCGGUAAGAAGGACAGGGAACUGGGGCGCUGGGGCCAGGAAGCGGGUGAGCGAGUCUUUCCACUCGCGAUCUCCCUGGCAAACCUUCUCAAACUUCCCCUCCCUUAGCCUGUGAACAGCGGGCCGCGACUGGGAACCCGCCAACUCAUCCUCGGCGGUGUUCCCUGCGCCCUCCCUGGGGAGAGAACUGUCUUGAGCCGGCGAGGGGGAGGAUGGGAACUGUCCACGAAAGCAGAGUCGGUGGGCUUCUGUUCCUGACUCGCCCUGUGCCACAAGAGGCCGCUGCGGACCAGCUGUGCCUAGGUUCCCUCAGAGCGCCCCCAUGCUGUCUGAUGUCUGGAAGAAGGCGGCGGUGCCCGCAAGGGCUGGAGCCGCAGGAACGACUCCCAGUGUAGCGACUGCGCGCUCCACAACCUGCAGACGAAAAGCUCGGGAGGACCCAGCCUGGCACCGCAGAACUGCUGCUUUCUGGCCCAGAGCAUCCAGGUGCUCCAAGUCGGGGACUCCAGCUUAGCCAGAGCCCCUGCUCUCCUUGGGCGCAACAACUUAGUGACGAUCUAUCGCAGGAAGAGCUCGAAACCAGACAACAUCUAAGCUGGCCACUCCCGCGGAGAUCCCGCUUUUGGGAGUCUAGAUGCCAAGCUCAGAAGCAGCGAGGACCUCAGGCCAGACGGUUGAAGCAGGGCCACUGAUGUGGAACAGAAUGAAUGGAAUGUCAGAGAUCCCAAGUCUCCCAUCUUCCCCAGGUUCUUUGAGCAUUGGCGUAUCUAGGAGAAAUGCGCUCCCCCUUCCUGUUCCUUGAUCCUUCGCUAUCAGUGAUCAUAUCCUACAGUGACAUUGUGCCUGACCACAGCUGCCUGGAGAUAAGAAUGGCUGAGAGGUCCACCAGCAACUGGAGCCCAGGCAGCUGGGUGCUAGCACUGUGCCUAGCCUGGCUGUGGACACGUCUGGCCUCUGCUUCCUUGCAGCCUCCAACAUCCACAGUCCUAGUGAAGCAGGGCACCUGUGAGGUGAUUGCCGCACAUCGCUGCUGUAACCGCAACCGUAUCGAGGAGCGCUCCCAAACGGUCAAAUGCUCCUGCCUUUCUGGCCAGGUGGCUGGCACAACAAGAGCAAAGCCCUCCUGUGUGGACGCGUCCAUCGUCCUGCAGAAGUGGUGGUGUCAGAUGGAGCCCUGCUUGCUGGGGGAGGAGUGUAAGGUGCUCCCGGACCUGUCAGGGUGGAGCUGCAGCCGAGGACACAAGGUCAAAACCACCAAGGUCACACGGUAACUCUCGGAGGUCAAGGCUGAGGCUUUGACUCAGCUUGGGACUGAAGAAUGGCCUCUGGUCACCAGACAGCAGAUAGGAGGACUCACUCACCCGGACACGUGUCCUUGUCAAAUGUAACAUAAAUCUGUCAGGGCCCUGUUAGCCACACUGUUAGGCAGAAAUGCUUGAUCUUCAGCCACAUACUUAGAGACCUCUGCUCUCCUAUGAACAAAGGCCAACACACAAACCUACCCUUAAGGAAAACCUUGUCAAGUUAGGGAGUGGAUGACAGAUACUUUAAAGUGUCUGGUGCCAUGGUUUCUGAGUCACUUGCAGUGGGUACAGUGCGGGUGGGGUGGGUGGAUGAAAUUCUCACAGAUCUUCAGCCAUCCCCCGAUCGCUGGACACAAAGUCAUGAGGUCACACCAGUAUCUUCCCAUCCUGGCCUUCCCAGCAAACCUGCACCCCAGCCAGAUGCUAAGAUGUGAGAGGAAAACACUGUCUCCUGAUGCCGAGCCCAUGGGAUCUCUUUUGGACAGUGCCAGAAAGUAGAGGUGAGGAGCUCUUCAGCUCAGCUCUGCCGAGGCACGGUGGCACUCACAGCCUUUGCUGUCUAUGGGAUGGACAGGACCUCAGUCAGAGUCAACCCCUACCUGAACUUCAGGCGUUUGGUUGCCUGUUUUAAUGGAUAAGAAAACCUAGACACAGAAGGAUGAGAUGGCUUGCCCAAGAUCUCACAGCUUGGGCUUCCAAAACAUGACUGUUGAGAUUCCAGCCCAGGCCUUCCAUGGACAUUUUAUCUAAACAGUGAGACCAGCAAACACUGUCUGCAGCAAUGGCAGCAGGAUGGCAGCAAUGUGAUCUUUGGGAGAUGGGACUUUGACCACUUCAGUCCCCCAAAUCCAAACAGGCCACAUGACAGCCCAGAGGGAACUCAGCCCAGUGGCAGCUGAAGCAGUGUGAGCAGGUGCCCACCUCUGGCUGUCUGCUUCCCGGAGCUUCAGCCAUCCCCCUACAUAGGUACCUGUCAGAGGGCAGAGGGGCAGUCCAGAGGACAGCCCAACCUUGAAGGUCUCCACAAUCGGGCUGGCCUCCUGGAUGGCUUGGGGGUGGCAUGCUGGCUUGCUCUUAUUCCCAAGGCCUCAAGAAGUGGUAUAUGUUAGAGACCAGCCUGGAUGAUGGUCCCUGAGAAGGCAAAUCAGUGAUAGUUUGCACUGGAGUCUCGGUGCCCCAUCUCUGCCUGUUUCUCUAGGCAUUUGGCUAAGACUCUGAUGUCACCCCACCUCAGGGCAUGCUUUUGGUUUUGUUAAAUGAGAUGACAGUGAUGUUAUCUUUCGAAGUCAGGCCUCUGUCAGUCUGCUUGUAGCAAGGUCACAGGCCAGGGUCACCAUGGAGAGGUCCACGGCUGUCAUGGACUCCUUCACACUGAAGAGUGGAGGCCGGAGGAUAUGUUACGUCUCCGUGACAUAUUCUUUGUUGUGUUCUUUUGUUCCAUUUUGUUUUUAAAAACAUUACAGAAUUGUCAAUGUCAUCUUUAGCUCUAGGGGUGGAGGGAACACAUUGUGGCCCAUUUCAGGUGUUUGUCACCCUUCCCAGGGGACAUUGAAGGCCUGGGAUGGCCUCCCAGCCUCCUGGCUCACCCCUCUGUACCAAGGAAACCUGAGCGCAGGGCUGGGCCUGGGUUUGUUUUCCUCCUAAUGCUCAGAGAGAGAUGGGUGAGUGAAUUAUUUAGGUUACAGCUUCAGCAGAGCCAGACAAUGAAAAAGUGUGCUUUCCUGGAGGCCCGAAGGUAGGCUCUGUAGGUGACAGAGAGCUCAGUGGCAGAACACUGAAGGAAAGGUGGACUCUCCAUUCACUCGCUCCUGGACUGUCACCCCAGUGUCAGCACCCCUGCUCCACCCUGGCUUGCUAUCCACAUGAACUGGGUUAGAAUGGAGAGUAUGGAGAUGGGGCUCUCCUGUGAGCUGCCAGCCUCCUCCAGCCCUACCUGCCUCAGUGUCCUGAUUCUGUACCUUCUCUGACCCCCAGUCUCCCUCCCUCCCUCCCUAGCCAGGCAUUCACUGGGUGAACUCUGAACCGAGGGAGCAUGUGUACAUUGCCAGGAAAGUACCACGUAAAAAGCUCUGGCAAAGAAAAGCUCCAGACCCCCCUGCCCCCAACUCCAGCUCCCCAAAAUUCUGUAUCCAACGGAGUCCAAACUUGUGUAGGUUUUGUAGCUAUGCAAAGAACAUUCUAGAAAUAAAUGGAGUUUUUUUGGAGCACAGGGGUUCCUGUAGUUGUCUGUCUUCCUUCUCCCUCCUUGGCAAGAGCAUCUCAGAUCCUCUGACGUCUGCUGGGACCCCAACCCUUCAGCUAUGCAGACCUUAGGAAAGCUGGCAACUAUUAAAUCAUAUGACUGAUUUCUGCUGACCUCCUGGCAGUAUCACUGGAGUCUGUGAGUGACGUCCUGAUUAAGAACCCAAGGCUACAGCUCCUUAAAAUCAGAGUUAUAGGAUUGCAAAGGGGUUUAGAAGCCAGUUAGCCAAACUCUCUGAUUUGCCAGCCUAGGAGAGGGUAGCUCAAAAAGGUUAAAUAAUUUGCCCAAAGUUGCACAGCCUGUUGGUGGCAUGUCCUUGCUCAGUGACGCAGCACACAGUUCUUUCCAUUAUUGUCCAUCCCUUUGUACUCCAGAGCAGAUGAGAACUUGGAAGGGGAACAGGGUUUUUAACCAUGACUGUGAGUCUCAUUCUAGACUUGCCCAACACUGUGAGAGCAAGGGGCAGAGGGAAGAAAAACAGGAAACACACAGUGGUCACAGACACAUAGGAAGGAAGAAGGGGAGGGGUGGACAUCACCACUUCAGAAUGUCAAACCACACAGCAAAACUGAACAAGGCUGAUGCCUCAUGAAGGAGAACUGGUCUCUGUCCUCUCUGGAGGAGGUGACACAGAGCUUUGCCAGUCCUUGGCAAACCGGCAUGGUGGUUCAUGCCCAUAGCCUAGGUACUCAGGAAGCAAGCAGGAGGAUGGCAAGAUGGAGGCCAGUUUCGACCUAACAGAGACCCUGUCAAAAGAGGAAAAACAACAACAACAACAACAACAACAACAACAACAACAACAACAACAACAACAGAAAAGAAUUUGAAACCUUGAGGAACCUUGAAGCUGCCUUGAUAACCCCAGGUUCUUUAUGUCCUAUGGGGGGGAUUGCAAACUAAAGCACAUGGGGUUUUUGUUUGUUUGUUUUUUGUUGUUGUUUUGGGGUUUUUUUCAAAUAAAGUUUUAUUGAAACAUG